CAGAGAAGAGAGCGCGCCAAAGUCCUCCUCGGCAUAACAGUAAAACAGGAGAAGCGGAAGGGGAGGAGCAGCAGGAGCGAGCGGAGGGCGAGGUCCACCACGCGCGACCUCGACAUGAGCAACCCCGGCUCGACGUCCAGCGUCCGUCUCGCCGAGAUCGCCCCGCCCACCAAGGUGACAGGCGGCCCCACCACGCCCCGCCGCGGACCCCCCAAGUUUAAACAGAGGAUGACCCGCCAGUUCAAGAGCAAGCCCCCCAAGAAAGGGGUCAAAGGGUUUGGAGACGAGAUCCCAGGAAUGGAGGGCCUGGGCUCCGACUUCACGGUCGUGUGUCCAUGGGAGGCCUUCAGCCACCUGGAGCUGCACGAGCUGGCCCAGUACGGCAUCAUAUGACGAGGCUCCGAACCACAGCCAACGUCCUUUCACCAGGACCGGAUCCGCUCGCCCCGGUUAGGAUGCCGAGCGCGGGCGCAGUAAUGACGUCUGCUAAUGACAUGUGAACCGGUACACAAUAAAGACGAGCG